GUUGCUUGGAGGCGAGAGCAUAAAUUGCAAUUUGAAAAGUAAAAGAGUCUAAGGAUAUUACUUAGCUAGAAGAAUUAUAUCGCCUUCAAGUUCCGGAAUUCAGAGGUAAAAGACAACCGACUUGUACUGGGCCCUAAAUAUCAGUUUGCCUUUGCCGUCUGACGUAACAGCAAAUGUUUGUGUUCAAUUGAAUGACAAUUAAGUUUGGGUUCAGCGCAACAAAAGGGAGUUUUGCACGUCAUUAGAGUGCAGAAAGUUGACCGUCAACAGAUGUGACGGAGGGCUAGAGAACUUUCGCUUUUAUUUUGGUUUACUUUGUCACAAUACUUUGUUUCAUCUCCCAAGUCAACGGCGUACCAACUACCGGCCGCUUACUGCCAUGGCUUUUUCUCCUUGUGAAGGCUACUACAAUACCGGAGAUCAGAGCAGGUUCGAGAAUAUGAUGAAAUUGUUGCUGUUCUUAGAGGCAGAACUUCAACUCAAAGAGGAGAUCAUAGAAUUGUUACUGGUUCGUAUUGUACACUUUUGAUGUUAUUUUUGUCGUGUUGAUCGUUAAGUAGCUGAGAUAUACACGCAACUACGCGUGUAUGAGCUUGAAUGAGUUCUUUUCAAAUGGUUUUCUUUUCGGUACGGAAUAGCUUCAACAUUCAAUAUUAGAUCUUCGAGUGUUCUAUUCUACGAAUGUUUUCGAUAUAUGGAUAUUAGAAUUUUGACGUUAAAGACUAUUUUCUGAGCGCAGUUUCAAAGUCCCUCCGCUAUUCUUUCAUAACCUGCUUUGUCACGUAAGUGAGCUGGAUGCAAAAUAUGUUGCAUGUCGCUUUACAUUGAGGAGCGAAUUUGCGUUAACUUUGCGACAUCACACAAGCGUAUUGUUUUCAUCACUAAUUUAUAACCUCCGUCUUGAAUUUACUAUUCGUUGAGGCGACCGAACUUCGAUCCGUCCUUCGCGAUCAAGUAUCGCUUUUAAAAUCUUGUUUGAUAAUAAGCUAGUCAGUGAUCGUUGAUAGUAAAGCCCGUCGUUCUCUUAAGUUUUUCUUGAGAAUGGCUCAACUCGACCGAGUAUUUUUUUGUAAAUAACACUUGCGCGGGAAGCCACAUGCAAGCUGGGCAAAACUCCGUUUCCGUCAUUUGAUAAAUGAGUCUACAUUUGUAUACUUGCUUUAAUGGAUUCGAUCAUAUUCUUCUUUCGUUGUGUGGUCAUCAGGUUCGGAGAUUCUUUGAUAAGAAUUUUGUAAAAUUAGUUUUCCAUACUCGAAGAAAAAACGCUGUGUUAAUCAUCGAUUGCUGUAGCUCCCUUACGAUUCAAUCAAUUCUCAUAAUGGAAAGCGUGGGAAAUGUCGCGCAUAGUUUUUGUUCCUUCUUUACGAGAACGUGAGUGUACGAAAUGACUUCUUAUCGGAAGGUCAGGGAACUAUAGUCUAUCGCCAGCUUGUUGCAAUGGGAAUUGCGUAGAUCUCCAGUUUCUAUUUAGGAAUUUGCCGUGAUCUUCUAGCUUUUAAAUACAGAUUUCGCUCUGAUUUUCAAUUAACCGCUUUCGUUGUGACUUAAAAGUUUUCAGUCGAUAUUGAGUGACCUGAUUCGUCAACGGAGCUAGUGAUAAAACCACAAAGUUUCGGUAAUAUUGUUUCAAUUUCGCUCCUACCCUGAGGGUCUAGCGAAAUAGUGUCACAAAAUUUGUUCCACUGAGGCUACGUGGGCUUAAUUUGCCGUUCUAAAUUUUUUUUUUGACAGACAUCAAACGUAUUUCUAAAGACACUGCUGGAGCCCCGCUGUUCCGUUCAAAUUUAUCACAUAUUUCUUACCCCAAGGACUUCUGAGACGGCAUGAUCCUGACAUUUCGCUAUUGUUCGUGACAAGUGAACUUUCUAUCUUCAUCAAACCAAAAGAUCACGUUCUGAUGGUUUGAGUUAUUUUAACAGUGGGGGCUAUAGAAGAAAAUAGAUUUUUUAUCACGUGCUGGAACUCUGUGGUUUUAAACAUAAAUAGCGUGUUAUUCAACAUAUUUUUGUUCGUUUCACAAUGCAAAGGAAACCAUUUGUUUGCCUAUGAAAAAGAUGCGUUCUGCACAGCAAUGAUAGUAAUCAUAAUAACAUCUGCUUCAAUAAUUGUUCUUCAUAAUUAGAAUUUCGGAUUGUUGUUAGCACGGGUUCUUAAUGUCAUGGAUCUUGGAAGCAUGAAUCAUUUAUGAGGUAUUCUGUACGAUUCAGUCUAUGUUUUCUUUUCAGUGCAAUCGUUCAUUUAAUGAAGAGGUUUAAGUUAAUCCGAUUUUUCACAGACAAAGAUUCUUUCUGCUUUCAUCAUAACUGCCGCCGCUUUCAGACGUUCCUCGUUAGUCCUAUAAUAAAAGUUAUGCGGUUUAAGAACUUUUUAGUAUUAUUUAUCCGAUUUUAAGUGAAUCCUCACAAUAUUUUUUAGUCAUAAUUGAUAUAUCUACAAGUAAUAUUUGCUAAUAAAACUUAUAAAUCAAGAUGUAAAAACCUGACUGUCAAUAAGUGCCUGACAGUACAAAGGCUGUUCCAGAACAGUAUCAAACAGUAAGAUAUCACAUACUACUGUAGCGACCUCCAUAUUAGACUUCGUGCUGACCAUUUGGUAUCAAAAAGUUUUGAGCUGCAAACCAACUCCAUAAACGCCAAGUAUCAAACAGUAGUACAUGUAUAAUAACAUUUCAACGACCUCUGUGUUAUGCUGUUUUCUUCUUCCUCUCUUCUCUUUCGGUCGCGUCAGAAUAGUUGAAUCGCCAGGAUAUCAUUGAGUGAGGGAACCCUUAAAACAUUUCCCCGGUUUUUUCUUAUCAGCGCAUUGUACUUCUACUUCUACUACUACUACUACAAGAAUUAAUAAAUACAUUUUCAGCCUGAGAGUCAAAAGACUUAAUCUCCUAACAAAAACUUAAUUUUUUAGAGUCUGCUCAGGUUAAUGUGGAAAAUGUUGGCUGUGUACUAUAGUUUCUUGUUCGCGGUUUUUGUUGAUAUCUCUUUACUCAUUUCAUUCUAUUUACCAGGAGGACGAACGAAAUCAGGAUAUUCUCAAUGAAAAAUUAACUCUGCUAAACCGGAAAGAGCAGCACGACCCCGUCUUAGCCCUGGGGCGAGAUAACGUCUAUGAAGAAGAACUAUGGGAAGAACAUUUUGAUGAGUGGGAGUCUGGUAAGGACUCCUCGUUUGAUCACUUGGUCAAGAGUAAUGCCAGUCAGCUGUGUGCAGUUGCUGCCAUGAGAACUAUAGAAAUGGCGCAGGUGCAGCAUGCAAAAUACAUCAAGACCUACAAGUCUCUUGAGAAAACUGGCAGGAGUUACAAGAAGGUAGGCUUGCAUUUAGACUUAGGAUGCAGUAACUCUCUACUUCAACGUCUAUGAGAAGGAGUUACUGCACGAUUGUUUGGGUUAUUUCUUAUGUGAAGACAACUGCUUUUCUAUAGAGUGAAACCUGAACGUAAUGGUUUGCUUGAGCAAACAAGUGCUGGAGAGUUGGUUAUAUACCACAAAGUAACGAGGAUGGUUAGAGAUGGAGAAUGUAUAUCUGUAUUCUAAUGACAAUCUUAACAAACUUAAAAUACAUUUACCUUACAUUAAACCUUAAGGUUGCUCGUAAGCCUUAAGGGGUCUACGCUUACCAUGCCCGCUCUAACUUGAGCAAGACUCAGCCCCAAUUGAGAAGAAGAAUUGAUUCUUUUUGUUUGCAUAGUUAAGGCUAUGAAAGUGUUCUACACCAACAAAGCGUUGACGAUUGUUUAACUUUCUCUUUUGCAGUUAAAACAGCAGUUAACUGCGAAGGAAACCAAAGUAGAAGUGAAGGACACGAAUCGGGAGCCUGAAUCCGAUUGGGAAAUACGUGAGCUCGAAAUGAAAAUCGGAGAACUGUAUCUUCAGAUCGAUAGUGAACGCGAGAGGAACGAAGAACUAGAAAGGAAAAUCGAAGAACUUAAUACAUCGAUCAACAAGGAAAGAAGGAGGUGCAAAAAAGUUAUCGAAACGCUGGCCAACGAAGUGGAAAGGCUUACAAAUCUGGUUAAGGCACAGGGGCGUAAUGGACACCAUUUGAAUGGUUUUAAAAUGAACCAUGACAGACAGGAAUCCGCCAAAAUGGGCUCAAAUAAUCAUAUGAAGACUUUUUCCAUAUCGAACAACAACGAACUUAAACAGUUUUGCGUGCUAUAGGAAGAACCCUUCCUGUCCUCGUCUCUGACACUUAUUACAAAUGCGAGAAUCAUAUUCAACAAUCACACUGGCACGGAAAUCGCAACUUAGCCCCAUGAACAUAGGAAAGAAAUUCGUGACGAACCUAAAGAGAGAGUUUGCUUGAGAGAGUAGAGACCCAAAUGCUCUUAAAACUAUGGUCCCAUGAGAAUCCCCUCUAAUCCUACUAAAAUCUCCCAAAACUAAUCGGAUUAGCUGUUGCCGUGGUAGUCAAGUGUUAGCUUUUUAAUCGAUCAAUCAAUCAAUCAAUCUAUUAUUUGCCCACGUAGUAUCUAGUGAUCUAGAAAGCUCGUUCACCACACGUACGUGCUAUUAUGUGUUAUUUAUCACUGAAUAGGGCAAGGUGCUCUAGUCAAACGGUUUUGUUGCUUCCGAUCGACAAUUCUAUACGUUAGGCUCUGCGUUACGUUUUGCGUAAAAGGUUUGAAACGAUACAUCGACGAAACAUUGCUUGGGUGCAAACUUAAAGUUGGUGAAUAAAUUCAUUCUGUUAAUAGUGUAUGUUGGGUCUAUUACCAACUUUGGUUAUUUCACUUCGAGCAGAUCAGUUGUUGGAUCUGUAUACAUCAUGAUUAUUUCACAUCGUUGUGGGAUUUCUUGCGUUCAAUCGACGCCAUCAGUUUUCUUUCCUUUUCGUUCAGUAAAUGUCAUCCUAGAUUUCCCCAGGUCUGUACAGUUUAAAAUGAUUGUAAUUUUCAUGAGCGUUGUCAAAGAAAACUCCUUUACAUUUGUAUUUUCUGUUAUGGAACCAAUCUGUUCCCUAUUUUCUUCCAACAAGUUUAGAUCCGCAUUGGGAAGUUACAAAAUAACAAAAGAAUGACGAGUGAGUUCAUUUGCGGUCUUCGCACCUGUUUAUCUCGACUGUUUAAAUAUAUUGCUUGUGUCAAACAUGUUUCUUACAUUCGAGGUGAAUAAUUAAAGGAGAUUAGGUUGCCAGAAUGCUUUUGCUUCCCUUUCCUAUGACAAAACACGUCAUCGUCAACCGAUCAAUGUGCAACGUGUAAGUAUAAACUGCGGUUGGGUCACACGUACAUGUUUAUGGCGGCUUGCGCUUCGUUCUGUGAUAGUUCCAUGUCUUAAUGUUCAUCGUUGUUAUUGUUUUGAAUCUAAUUUGCUCAAUUAAAGUUGAAAACCAUGAUGAAAGGUGUAGAGGCUAAAUUGGCGUUCUCGACACUUUUAUAAUAAGCAAUCAAAAAG